GCCGGGGCGGGGCUUGGGAGCCUGGCAGAGCCCGGCUGGCCAUGAAAGCCUUCGGACCGGAGCACCGGCUCGGCAUUCGCCGGUUGGAUCAGCUGCAAGAGCGCGGGCCACCAUGAGCGGGUACGUUGGCGACCUCAGCGCCAAGCAGGAGGAGGCGCUGGCCAAGUUCCGUGAGAACAUCCAGGAUAUCCUUCCUCUGCUGCCUAUCACAGAGGACUACUAUCUCUUGAAAUGGCUCCGAGCUCGGUGUUUUGACUUGCAGAAGUCUGAAGCUAUGCUCCGGAAGCAUAUUGAAACCCGGAAGCACAUGGAUGCAGAUCAUAUCACGGAGUGGAAGGCCCCAGAGGUCAUUACAAAGUACAUGGCUGGGGGAAGAUGCGGUUUCGACCGGGAAGGCUGCCCCAUCUGGUACGAGAUCAUUGGACCUCUCGACGCCAAAGGGAUCCUCUUCUCAGCUUCGAAACAAGAUUUGCUUAAAAAAAAGUUCCAGGACUGUGAGAUUUUACGGCAGCUGUGUGUGGAGCAGAGUGAGAAGCUGGGGAGGAGAGUUGAAACAGUCAUGAUGAUUUACGAUUUUGAAGGGCUGGGCCUGAAGCAUCUCUGGAAGCCAGCUGUGGAUGCUUAUUCUGAGCUUCUUGCCAUGUUUGAAGAGAACUAUCCUGAGUCCCUUAAACAAGUCUACGUUAUAAAAGCUCCCAGGCUCUUCCCUGUGGCUUACAACCUGGUGAAGCACUUUCUGAGUGAAGAUACUCGCAAGAAGAUUGUGGUCCUAGGAGCUAACUGGAAGGAGGUUUUGCAAAAGCACAUCGACCCCUCACAGAUCCCCAAGGAAUAUGGGGGAACCCUCACAGACCCAGAUGGAGACCCCAAAUGCAAGACUAUGCUUAACCAUGGUGGAGAAGUACCCAAGAAAUACUACGUACGGGACCAGCUGAAGCAGCAGUAUGAGCAUUCGGUGAUGGUGAAUCGGGGCUCCUCGCAGCAGCUGGAAUACGAGAUCCUCUUCCCAGGCUGUGUGCUGAGGUGGCAGUUCAUGUCCGACGGGGCCGAUAUAGGCUUUGGCGUCUACCUGAAGACCAAAGUUGGGGCGCGCCAGCACGCCAGCGAAAUGGAGGAAGUGCAUCCCAACCAGCGCUACAACGCCCACAUGGUGCCUGAAGACGGCUCGAUCACCUGUGCGGAUCCAGGGAUCUACGUCCUGCGGUUUGACAACACAUACAGCUACAUCCAUGCCAAGAAAAUCAGUUACUCGGUCGAAGUGCUACUUCCGGACAAGAAAGUGGAAGAAGACUUCCAGAAGGUGGAGGAGCAGACAAAAGAGCUGAAGAUUAACCACGCCUGAUGGAGCUUUCUCCCCCCUCCACCCUGCAACCCCCCCC